UAUUUUCAAAACUUCUCGGACCUUGCACAUUCGAACUUGGAAGCUGGUACCGGAAGCUAUCACCAGGAUUCUGGGACGCCGUAGAUAAUGAUAAAGCUUUUAAAGUGAACAUUUUAGUGAAAUGUUGGAGUAGAAUUAACAUAUACAGAAACGGAGUGUCGUUGAUCGAACACGCCCGAAAAUCAAACGCUUGUGAUAAAAUUAUUAAAAUGUUAGUUAAUAACGAAACGACGAUUGAGUUUGCCCACGCCACAAUUGCCGGAGACGAGGAUCGGAUGCGGUUUUUACUGUUACAUCACCAUGUUGACAUCCACACAAGAGACAUGCUCAACAGGGAUGGUUUCUUUGACCCGUACACGCCUAUCACGCUUUAUCAAGCUGCCACCAAAUAUGGCCAUACGCAUGUUCUUCCAAUGCUUGCUAGUGCAGAAAACGGGACAUUUCAUUCUUCGCACAGGCGUACUACGCAGAAUGCCAAAUCAGCCGUUUGUGUCAUAUCCUAGAACUGUAUGCAUUGUUGUUAUUAUUUGUUAAUUAAAUGGAAAAUUAUUAUUUCA